UGCCGCCCCAAACGUUACCCAUUUGCCAACGCGGGAACCAUUUCUCUCUCUCUCUUCUUCUUCUUCUCUACGUGCCGGCCUUAACUUCUCUGAUAUUCGGCCAUGGAGUCGUCAUCGUCCUGUAAAUGUGUGUUCGAUCCUCGGUGUUCGAUUCCAUCUGAAGCUUCGAGCUACAUGCUCUGAUCGGAGACUUUGAUUUGGAAGAGAAAUGGCUUCGCAUGGUGGUGGUAUUGGCAGUAAUGGUUUCAGGUCUUCUUUGAGGUCCGAGAGGCAAGGUAUUCAUCAUCAUGUUCCGCUUUCUCCUGCUCAUAAUAACUCCUCUGCUUUCCCCAUUGCUGCUUCGAAAAGUGUUGGUCAUGGACAGAGUUUCAGUUCAUCUGCACGUAAUAAAGCGUCAACUAUUUCUCGACGCUCAGUUACUUCGACUUCAAGGUCUCAUUCGUUUGACGCCGAUGAAGAUUCUCAGCGGGUGAGAGUGGCUGUUAGAGUUCGACCUAGAAAUGCUGAGGAUCUCCUUUCAGAUGCAGAUUUUGCUGAUUGUGUUGAAUUACAGCCAGAGCUGAAGCGGUUGAAAUUGAGAAAAAACAACUGGAGUUCUGAGUCAUAUCGUUUUGAUGAAGUUUUUGCCGAAUCUUCUUCUCAAAGGCGUGUAUAUGAAGUGGUAGCAAAACCUGUUGUUGAGAGCGUGCUAAAUGGAUAUAAUGGCACAAUUAUGGCUUACGGUCAAACAGGUACUGGUAAGACUUACACACUUGGAAGGAUGGGUAAAGAAGAUGCUUCUGAACGUGGUAUCAUGGUUAGAGCUUUGGAAGACAUCAUUGCCAAUGUAUCUCCUACUUUGGACAGCGUGGAGAUUUCCUAUUUGCAGUUGUAUAUGGAAUCUAUUCAAGAUUUGCUAGCUCCUGAAAAGGUCAACAUCCCUAUUAAUGAAGAUCCCAAAACUGGAGAAGUAUCAGCUCCUGGUGUUACUGUCGUCAAAAUUCAAGAUAUAGAUCACCUUUUACAAUUAUUAGAGAUUGGUGAGUCUAAUCGCCAUGCAGCCAAUACAAAACUGAAUACAGAAAGUUCACGAAGCCACGCAAUUCUUAUGGUCUAUGUACGAAGGGCUAUCAGCAAAAGAAUUGAAGAUAUGGCUGCUUCCCAAGGAAUUGACAAUGCAGUUGAUAUUCUGGGUGGUAAUGGCGUACCAAUGAUUCGGAAAAGCAAGUUGCUGAUCGUGGAUCUAGCAGGAUCAGAAAGAAUAAAUAAAUCUGGAAGUGAAGGUCAUUUACUUGAAGAGGCAAAAUUUAUUAAUCUUUCACUUACUUCUCUCGGAAAAUGUAUCAAUGCAUUGGCGGAAAACAACACUCAUAUACCCACCAGAGAUUCUAAGCUUACAAGACUUCUUCGUGAUUCAUUUGGAGGUUCUGCUAGGACUUCUCUCAUUAUAACAAUUGGACCGUCUUCAAGAUACCAUGCAGAAACUGCUAGCACAAUAAUGUUUGGACAACGGGCAAUGAAGAUUGUGAACAUGAUAAAACUUAAAGAAGAAUAUGAUUAUGAAAGUUUAUGCCGAAAGCUUGAAAUUCAAGUAGACAAUCUCACUGCAGAAGUUGAUAGGCAGCAAAAGUUAAGAGAAAAUGAGAAAUAUAAGCUGGAAAAAGAGCUGAGAGAUUGUCAAGCCUCCCUUGCCGAAGCAGAAAAUAGUUUAAUUACAAGGUCUGAGUUGCUAGAGAAGGACAAUAGGCGAAUGGAAAAGGAGAUGGCAAAUCUAUUAAUCGAAUUGAACCGUCAAAGAGAUCGCAAUGACCUGAUGUGUGAUAAAGUUAGUCAUCUGGAAAUGAGCUUAGAACACAGCAAGCAACAUCAACUUGAAAACUACACGUAUCAGAAAGUUUUGGCCGAUACCACUCAAAUGUAUGAGAAGAAAAUAGCAGAUUUGAAGAAACAGCUGGAAGUUGAGCAUGCUCGUUCUGUUAGUACCAAGGAAGAGUUAGAAGUUAUGAAGAAAGUCUUAUCUGAACACAAAAAGUCGAUUCAGCAUCAUGAAACAGAGAAUUCAGCGUAUAAGAAGGCACUUGCAGAAACCACUCAGAGAUACGAGAACAAAAUGUCAGAACUAACAAAACGAUUAGAGGAUAAGAACGCUCACCUCGAAGUUUUAGAAGAACAGCUACAUUCAGCAAAGAGCUGCCUAAGUCAUCAUCAAAAUUCAAUGCAGGAAGAAAUCGAAGAACUCAAGAAAAAGUUGAAACAUUCUAGCCAGUCGCAUGAAAACACUCUCAUGGAAUUUCAGUCCUUGAAAUCAGAGCAUAAAAUUCAAGUGGAAGAGAAGGAGAAACUGAAGGAAGAACUUUAUAUCAUGAGGCAAAAACUUCUAUCAGAAGAGAAGCAGAGGAAGACUAUUGAAAAUGAAUUAGUCCAAAUAAAAAGGACCGUACCCGUGAGUGAGAAUGAUUUUGAGGAUAAGAAAUCGUAUAUGAAGGAUAAUAUACAUAGAGAACCCUCCAACUUGGGAACUCCCAUGGGCUUUCACAAGAGGGGUCAAUUGAAAGAGACCAAUUCUGGUCAGCGUGCAACAAUUGCAAAAAUAUGUGAAGAAGUUGGUCUUCAAAAGAUUUUACAAUUGUUGACUUCCGAAGACACUGAUGUCCAAGUCCAUGCUGUGAAGGUGGUGGCCAAUCUUGCUGCUGAAGAUUCAAAUCAGGAGAAAAUCGUAGAUGAAGGUGGCUUGGAUGCUUUACUUAUGUUACUGCAGUCAUCUAGAAAUAUGACAAUUCUCAGAGUGGCUUCGGGAGCUAUUGCCAAUUUAGCAAUGAAUGAGAAGAAUCAAGCCGUAAUAAUGAGCAAAGGGGGUGCCCAGCUAUUGGCAAGAACAGCUUCCAGAACAAACGAUCUCCAAACUCUUCGUAUGGUUGCUGGUGCCCUUGCUAAUUUAUGUGGAAAUGAAAAGUUGCACAAGAUGCUAAAGGAUGAUGGAGGAAUCAAGGCUCUUCUGGAAAUGGUUACAUCCGGAAGUAAUGAUGUUAUUGCGCAAGUUGCAAGGGGAAUGGCAAAUUUUGCCAAAUGUGAAUCGAGGGGAAUUCUUCAAGGACGCAAGAAAGGCCGUUCUCUGCUAAUGGAGGAGGGUGCCCUUACUUGGUUAAUCAACAAUUCUCAUACAAGUUCUGCAUCAACUCGGCGCCAUAUUGAGCUUUCCCUGUGUCAUUUGGCACAAAAUGAGGAAAAUGCUGCAGAUUUUGUGAGCCAUGGAGGGGUGGAAGAGUUGGAGCGAAUAUCGCGAGAAUCCAAUAGAGAGGAUAUCCGUAACUUAGCGAGGAAGAUGCUGAAACUAAACCCAACAUUUCAAGCUCAUUAGGUACACAAUAUGAUAAUAACCUCAAAAUGUACAGCUUUCUAAACUUGCUUUCUGUUUUUGAAACAUCAUAAAUCUAUGUAUGUCUGUACCCUCUAAUUUCACAAAACAAA